AUGGACGCCGAGUUCGAGCUCGUCACGAAGCCGCCAGCCAACGCGAUGAUCCAGCCCUCGCAAAUGUACGAAGUGACGGUGGUUGGACUCGAGGUGCAAGUGCCCCGCACCAACUCCUACAUUCUCCACCCGUGCGACCUACGCGUCUCGAUCACGCAUCACCUUCCCACCAAGGAAAAGAAGGUUUCGUUCGACAUUGAGGUGAGCGCGCAGGAGCUGAUCUCCCGGUUCGGCAAUAGCCAUCUAGUGGCCCUCUCACAACUUCGCUCACUCGCCGCCGCGUUCGCAAGUGCCACGGAUAAAACGCCAACCGUUGCCCCGCCUACGGUAGGGCAGGGUGACAUUGACCAUACCAAUUGCGGCAAAGCGGCUCAUCCGUCCGCCAUCCCGCACCAGUGGCUGCUGAUCCACAGCCUCAAGAUGGCGUCCGAGCGAAACCGCCGGCCCACCGCCUAUGAGGUCACCUUCUCCGACGACCAGUCGCCCACGGUUCUCUGA